CAGCCGUUGGAUCUUCUGACACCCACUUUUGUCUCUCUCUUUCUCUUUAAUAUAUAAACCCCUAAUUCUUCUUAGUCUUACAGUUUCCCACUCUCUUCCACUACUUUCUUGGUUUUUGCCUUCUGGGUCUGUUUCAUUAUGUUGAAGUUUUGCGAUUUCAGAGGGUUUCAAUCCAUGAAACUUCUUGUGAUGGUUGUGUUAUCGAUCUUCCUUCUUGUUUCUGGUGAUGAAGAUGCAUUCAUCGGAGUAAACAUCGGAACUGAUCUUUCCGACAUGCCACACCCAACUCAGGUCGUCGCCCUCCUCAAAUCCCAACAAAUCCGUCACGUCCGGUUAUACGACGCCGAUCGAGGGAUGCUCACCGCCCUCGCCAACACCGGAAUCAAAGUCGUCGUCACCAUCCCCAACGAUCAACUCCUCGGAAUCGGCCAAUCCAACUCCACCGCCGCCCAUUGGGUAUCCCAAAACAUCGUCGCUCAUUACCCCGCCACCAACAUCACCACCAUCUGCGUCGGCUCCGAGGUCUUCAACAACCUCCCAAACGUCGCCCCUGUUCUAGUCACCGCCCUCAAAUUCAUCCACGGCGCUCUCGUAGCAUCAAAUCUCGAUCGUCAGAUCAAAGUAUCAACCCCCAUCGCAUCCACUAUCAUCCUCGAUUCCUUCCCGCCAUCACAAGCUUUCUUCAACCAUUCGUGGAGUCCGGUGAUGGCGCCGCUUCUUAAGUUCCUCCAGUCCACCGGAUCUUCUCUUAUGCUUAACAUAUACCCGUAUUACGAUUACAUGAACUCAAACGGAGUAAUACCUUUGGAUUACGCUUUAUUCAAACCAUUGCCGGCGAACAAGGAAGCGGUGGACGCGAACACCCUUUUACACUACACCAACGUCUUUGACGCCUCGGUGGACGCCGCCUACUACGCCAUGGCUUCCCUGAACGUCACGAAUGUUCCAGUUCUUGUAACAGAAUCCGGUUGGCCAUCAAAGGGCGACCCAAACGAACCAGAUGCUACUUCAGACAACGCAAACACUUACAACAGUAAUUUAAUCAAACAUGUCUUGAAUCAAACCGGAACUCCAAAGCAUCCUGGGAUUCCGGUGAGUACUUACAUCUACGAGCUAUACAACGAAGACAUUAAAGAAGGGUCGGUUUCAGAGAAGAAUUGGGGACUUUUUGAUGCGAAUGGAAAACCGAUUUAUACUCUACAGUUGACGAAUUCGGGUCCGACUUUUGCCAACAAUACUGGGAAUCUGAGUCAUUGUGUGGCCAUGGAAGGUGCUGAUAAGAAAAUGUUGCAGGCGGCGUUGGACUGGGCUUGUGGGCCGGGGAAGGUGAACUGUUCGGCGUUGUUGCAGGGGCAACCGUGCUAUGAACCGGAUAACGUGGUGUCACAUGCGAACUUUGCUUUUGAUGCUUAUUAUCAUAUGAUGGGUAGAGGUGAAGGGACUUGUGAUUUUAAUGGCGUUGCUACGUUGACAUCCACUGAUCCAAGUCAUGGUUCUUGUCAGCUUUUUGGAAAUGGUGGGAUGAAUGGGACGUUUUUGAACAGCACCAUAGCUGAUUUUAAUUCUACAAGCUCCUCCGCAGGUGGCGGCGGCUAUGGUGGUGCUGGUGUUUUGAUGAAGGUGGAGGAGAAUUCUUCCGAUUUUGGUGGUUUUUGUGUGGACCGGAGGGGUGGUUUUGUACAAAAGGAGAAUGAUGGAGGGGCGAUGCGAUUAUUGAGUGAUCGAGGUUUGGACCUCCAAGCUCUUUGUCCAUUUUGUAUUGGAUAUUGGUAUAGGAUUGACUUUUGGCAGUAUACUUGGAUUGGAGAUCACCCUCUAGUUGUUGAUUUUCAUAGAGUUUUUGCUUUAGACCUCCAUAAGGUUGGUUCAGUUGCCACUAGGCAUUCUUUUGGUUGGACGGUUGAUUCUCUCAGGAGGAAUUCGACGAGUGGUGUGGAAGAGUCUUAA